CUGGGUAGAACUUGCUUGCUUGCUCCUUUUCUUCUAUUUUUUCGUCUUUUUUGCAGGCUAAUUCACCCUUGUUGUUUUUGUGACAAUAUGCUCAUUUCAUUCUCCUUUUCCCUCUGAAGGAAAUCGGCAGGAAGUCAGAGUAUUCUGAAUGCUCACUAAAAUGGAUGGGAGUUCCUCACUUGUGACGUUUCUCUUACUGAUGUGCUCCAUCAACAGCAGCUGUCCGUUUUCAUAUUCAGUGUUUGUGAGAAAAGACAAAGCACACGAGGUGCUGAAAGUCCAUAAACGUGCUAACUAUUUCCUAGAAGAGAUUUAUCCAGGGAACUUGGAGAGGGAGUGCAAUGAGGAAAAGUGUUCAUUUGAGGAGGCUAAGGAGAUCUUCCAUUCACAGGAGAAAACGAUGGAGUUUUGGUUCAAUUACAAAGGUUUAAAUCCAUGUAGUACAAAUCCCUGUAAUAAUGGAGGAGUCUGCAAAAUAAGGCACUACAAUUACUUUUGCAUCUGCCCCCCAAAAUUUGGAGGACAUACCUGUGAAAAAGAAAAGUUUGAAUGCUGGUAUAAGAACGGUGGGUGCUGGCAGUACUGCAGGGACAGCAGCAGCGCCUUCCAUGUGGUGUGUUCCUGCGCCAGGGGUUACACCCUGCACGAGGACGGGAAGAGAUGCGUACAAGCAGCACCGUUUCCAUGUGGCCUGAUUAAAGCCAGGCUCCCAAGGGGACUGCGUGAGCAUGGGGAUGAUGUGGCCAAGUGGAAUGAGAGCGCAGAGGGCACAGUUAGGCAGAGGGAGCUGGAACAAAGUGCUGUUGGGGAAAACGAGACCUUAAAGGAUGCCUCUGGGCAGAGCACACGCCUGGAGGGUGAUGCUGGACAAACUGAGGUGGCAGGAGAUGCUUCCAGGCAGAACGAGAUGCUGGUGGACUCCAUUACCCAGAAGCCGCUGGGGGAUGGUGCUGCCGGGCAGGAUGCGGGUGUCCCUGCAGCGGUGGAGGGGAGCGCCAGGCCUGGCAAGCCCGGGAGAGGCCCGGCUCCCUGGAGGGAGCCCACCCAGGGCCCUGUGUGGCAGAACAAGACCGCAGUGCCUGCUGUCAGAGGGGAGGAAAUGGCAGGAAACGCUGCUGGGCAAAACCAAACCGGGGAGCGCGCUGGGCACAUCAAACCAGGGGCCACUCGAAGUGUGCACGACAGGCUCAGUCAGAGCAGUGACUGGGGAAAUGUCUCGAGCACCCCUCAGCAAACCUCUCUGCCGGAGCACAGUGGCUCCAGGAUAACGGGAGGAACUUUGUGUCAUCGUGGACAUUGCCCCUGGCAGGUUUUGAUCCGGAAUAGUAAAGGUAUUGGCUUCUGUGGAGGGAGUUUGAUCAGCAGCCGCUGGGUGGUCACUGCCGCUCACUGCCUUGACCUCGUCAGACCACACCACGUUACCGUAGGAGACUUUGACAAAUAUCAAAGAGAAUUCAAAGAACAGAAGAUUGGUGUGGAACGGAGCUGGACACACCCACAUUAUGAUUCAAAUCACUACAACAGUGACAUCGCCUUGUUGUACUUGAGCAGUGAUGUUAUUUUUAACGAGUAUGCACUUCCCAUCUGCCUCCCAAGCCCUAGCCUUGCCACCCUGCUGUCUGAGGAAGGACAAAUGGGGAUGGUAAGCGGCUGGGGCGCCACCCACCCCCGGGGCUCGACUCUGCGCUUCCUCAUGAAAGUCCGGCUGCCCAUCGUAAACCUGGAGACCUGUCAGCGCUCAACCGACCGACUCGUUACCGAUAACAUGUUCUGUGCUGGUUACAACACUGAAGUUGCAGAUGCCUGCAAAGGGGACAGCGGUGGCCCUUUCACGGUGUCUUACCACAACACUUGGUUUCUCUUGGGGAUUGUAAGCUGGGGCGAGGGCUGUGCUGAAAAAGGAAAAUACGGUGUAUAUACGAGAGUAUCCAAUUAUGUCCCGUGGAUUAACGAGAUUGUUGAAAGUGUUGCAGAUUCAGAAAACUCUACGGUUAACUUUUCUUAAAACCAUCUUUAAAAGCAGGGACAAAUCUAUAAUUACAGUCUAAGACAUGAUGCAGUUCCUGUCCUUAGUCGUGUAAAACCAAGAUUACCUGCAAAGAAAUUUUGAGUCUCUUUACCAUAAAUGGUUGAAUUGUUAAUUCAAGUAUUACUGAUUAAAAUACUUGUGUGUAAUAAAGAACUAUUCUGCAAAUAACAAAGGAGACAACUACUUUUUUUAAUGUAAAUUCCUGUCAGAAAGGUGUGGGUGGUUUUGGGGUUGGUGGGGUUUUUUUUUUUUUAGAGCAAGGCAAAGCUUCACAUUUCUCAAGCCUAUGUGCCUACCACAAAAACAGGUGCGUGGCCCUCAGAAUUCUUUGCUUAGGAAAAGGAAGUGCAUUUCUGGUAGUGCAUCUGGCUUCCAGUUACAAAACAGUGCUGCACACAGCAGUUAAGCGCACUCUGACAUUUGGUCACUUCAAGUACAAUUCAGUUUACUGAAAUACAAAUGUCUUCUGCUACAAAAGCACUGUCUGUAUGGAAUCAUGUAUUUCAGCCCACACUGGAUGAACUGAGAGGGAAUCCACCUGGCUGCAGCUGGAGCAACGCAGGACGGUGUGAUAGACGUCUGAAAGAAAAAAAUUAUUCCUGGAGGGGCUGUGAGGAAACUGUGGCUCCAGGGGCAGCCGUGCUUAUAGAGGGACGCUGCUCCAGCAGCUGGUGCGGGAAGGCACGAAGCGGGGGCUUCACGCUCCUGCCCCGGCAGAGUACUACAGAAAUGGAACUAAAACCAGGUGCAGAAGUAGCAACUAACAGAACUGGCCAUUUUUCAGACAUUUUCUAAGAAUGUAAAUCCUGUUCUUUAUGCUGAAGACAUCCCCUCUUGCACACAAUUCACCUCUCCCAGUUUCUGAUGAAAACCAC